UAUAAUAACAUUUCAAACAACACAUACAUAGAUGUCAUGGAUAUUGAAGUUUUUGUCUGUCACUUGAACUGAUCCAAACUGAUCACAAUAUUUUUGUUUUGGUUUCAAUUGAUAUGAUCUUAUAUUACCAUUAAUUCUAACCACAAAAAAACCAAAGAAGUUCUUCCUUUGAGAGAAAAGUGUGGACAAAAUCAGUCGUCGAUUUCACUGAAAACUUCAUCACCGGUGGGUGUGUCGACCAACACUUCUUCACACACGCUUGUCAUUACCAUCCAUUAGAUCCAUCCAUCCAUCUGAUGGUUCAACUGGUGGAUCAUUGAUUGGUUACCAACGAUGAUUGCACCGUUACUUCGUGUCAUACAUUUCGGACCAUUGAUUGCCCUAUCGAUCAUCAAAUGUGUCGUAUUUACCACACUUUAUCUGACCGGCCAAUGGCUUCGGGCAACCGAUUCGUUGUGGGCAUUGUUCAACUAUAUGAUGUACUAUACGCUGAUUGCCACCACUUUCUAUAAUUUCUUCAGCGCUGUGUUUACCGGACCCGGUCAGGUACCGAAAGGCUGGCAACCGGCCGACCCAAGCGAUUGCCAAUUGCUUCAGUACUGCCAUCAAUGYCGGGGUUAUAAACCGCCGCGAAGUCAUCACUGCAGACGUUGCGACCGUUGCGUACUCAAGAUGGACCAUCACUGUCCAUGGAUUAACAACUGUACCGGCUAUCGUAAUCAAUGCUAUUUUAUCUUAUUUCUCGGAUCAGCUGUCUUGGGAUCCAUUCAGUCGAUUGUCUUGUUGUCGAUCGGUUUAUACAGAGCUUUCUAUUGGAACUGGUUCUUAUAUAACGAAAGAAGUGAUCGUUUAGUAUACAUAACAAUGACAUCGCUAUUGUUUGGUGUCUUUAGUAUUGGUCUCGCACUGGGAGUAAUCAUAGCUGUCGGCGGACUACUUAUCCUACAAUUAAAGAUAUUAGUAAAAAACGAGACAAGUAUUGAGGAAUGGAUUGUAACGAAAGCCAAGUCUAGACGAGGAGGAGGAAGAAGUGGUGACCAGUUUGUCUAUCCAUAUAAUCUGGGCGUCUGGCGUAAUAUCAGACAAGUGUUGUUCGGAUCAAUUGAUAACGGGAUCAGUUGGCCAGUAAUCGAUGGCUGCGAUCAAUACACACUUACCGUGGAACAGUUGCUACAAAAAGAAGAAAAACGUAACCGUUCGGCCACUUUUCGGGCCAUUGCCGGCUACAAUGGCCACUGGUUUCCACUGUUUUCGCAGGGAUGUCGCAUCUGUCUAGCAUUUCCAAUGUCGGACGAACCCCGAAUCAAGGUAACCACUGGCGAUCAUAUACUAGUAACCCGAUGUAAGAAUCAUUGGAUGUACGGCGAAAAAGUGGUUAACCCAAGAACACCAAUCAUUGGUGGCCAUCAUAAUAAUAAUCAUAAUCAUCGGCGAGAGCGCGGAUGGUUUCCCCGAAAAAUUGUGAUACACGUGCAAACAGCGGCAACCGCUACACAUAAUCACGACGUACCGGUGCCGCAACAGCCGCCGCCAUCGCAACAACUAUUUGACGAUAAAUUAUACGAAACUAAUGAUAAAAAUAAUUUAAAUACUGUUUUAACAAAUAAUAAUGAUUUU